AUGAGCUCUCUCAGCCUCAUAGUCCUCUUCUUCGGCGCUGCCAUGGCCGGUAUUCACCACAACUGUGGCUGCACCGUCCGCGGCUUAUACAGGCAGGAUCUUAGCCAGGCUGCCUGCGCCCUCUGGGGCUCCAACCAGCCUCACACCCACUGGGAUGGCUACUCUUGCGUUGAUAAGGGCAUUGGCCGCGGCAUUGACGGUGGUCCCUGGGAGACAACUUGCAAGCAGGCUUGGGAUAUCAACUUUGGCGGCAACAAAGAAGAUGCUUGGGGCAAAUGCUGGCACUAA